AUGGAACACAGACCAGAGACACCUCCAAACCCAUCCGGUCCAUCUUCAAGUCCCACCGCGCUGGACCCACGGAGCGCAGCGUCACUCAAGAAAGAGAAAGGUCGAGUACGUUUCAACAGUUCUGCUGCAGAAAACCCACCACCAGUUCUGGACCUUUCCAGUCUUUCACCGAUACCCGAUGGAACCUCCGCCCCGAAGCCGAAAAUCCGACCGUCGGUGCUGCGUGGCAAUUCGUACAACUCGGUCACCAGCCAGCCCGAGGAGGAGGAGGACAAGCACGAUCCCAGUUCAGAGAAGGCUAUCUCAGCCAACGCCGCCCAUGCACGCGCCCAGCAAUUUGCUGCCAGGCUUCUAGGUUCCCACUCAGCUCCCGGGUCGAGGCGGACCUCGUUGGAUUCCGAGGCGGAGACAGUACACAGCAACCAUGAUCUCCUUCCCCCAGACGACGACGGAAUCCCUCUUGAUGAUUUCAAUUUGAAACCAGCAGAAGGUCUGCCCAGUGGCAAUGAUGAAGAUGUGCAGAAGACCAAAUCGGAGGAACAGAAGGCCUUGAAAGCCGAGGCCUACGAUCUCGUCCGCUCUCAUACACAACGGCACCGUACGGAGGCGUUCCAGGCGCCCUCCACAAAUACCGCCACAAGUUCUGCUCAGAUCGCACCGAGCCAUGAGAGACAUGUCGAGCUUUACGUACCACCACCUCCGCAAUUCCGUGGUAGUGUCCUCUCGAACCUCCUGAAGCUAUACAAGCCUCAAGAUGGCGGCAGCCUGACUCCAAGCUACCCCCAUAGUCGGGGGAAGUCAGAUGGCACCAGCGGGUUCAACACACCAACCUCCUCCGGUGCUCUCACUCCCAACCGGAAGAAGUGGUACGACAAGAACCGCUCACAAGACACUCUGGCAAAUCUCGUGGAGGCUUCCGCUCGCUUGGCGAAAGCUGGUAGUGGCCUGGAGAGCUCGAGUCCGAUAGAGAAGUCACCUCAGUCGAAACGACCGAAACACAAGCGAAACGCGAGUGCCAAGAUCAUGAACUUUGGCCGACCCCGUAUGGAGGACGAGAUCCGGAUUACCAUGCACAUCGCCGAGACCUUGAGUCGUCAGAAGUACAUCAUCAAGAUGUGCAAGGCUCUCAUGUUAUACGGUGCUCCAACCCAUCGCCUGGAGGAGUAUUUGAGGAUGACAGCCAGAGUCUUGGAAAUCGACGGCCAGUUUCUCUACUUGCCUGGCUGUAUGAUUAUAUCGUUUGACGACAAGUCGACACAUACCACCGAGGUCAAGAUUGUUAGGACAACCCAGGGUAUUGACCUUGGGAAACUUAAAGACGUCCACGAGAUAUACAAGUCGGUUCUGCAUGAUCUAUACAGCGUCGACGAAGCCAUCGAGCAGCUUUCUGCUAUAAUGGAGAUGAAAGACAAGUUUAGUCCUUGGCUCCGUGUUCUCGUCUUCGGCCUUGCCAGCGCGGCGGUUGCGCCUUUCGGUUUCGAGGGACGACUCAUCGACUUGCCCGUUUGCUUCUUCUUGGGCUGCCUCGUUGGUGCAUUACAGAUCAUAUACGCCCCGAAGUCCGACUUAUACAAUAACGUUUUCGAGAUCAGUGCCGCAGUUCUGACCAGCUUCCUGGCCCGGGCCUUUGGCAGCAUCAGGGGUGGGGAGUUGUUCUGCUUCUCAGCUUUGGCUCAGAGUUCCAUUGCCUUGAUUCUGCCUGGUUGGUUUGUCUUAUGCUCCGCCCUUGAACUUCAGUCUCGUGCCUUGGUUCCCGGGUCAAUCCGCAUGGUGUAUGCCAUCAUUUACUCACUCUUCCUCGGGUUCGGUAUCACCGUCGGGACUGCACUGUACGGACUCGUAGAUUCGAAUGCGACAUCUGCCACGUCCUGUACAAACACCAUGCCUACCCAUUAUCGCUUCAUAUUUGUACCGAUCUUCACUAUCUGCCUCGCUUUCGUCAACCAGGCCAAGUGGAAACAGAUGCCAGUUAUGAUACUCAUUGCCUUCGCCGGCUACGUCGUAAACUUCUUCAGCGGUCCGAAAUUCAAAGCCAGCCCACAGAUCGCGAACACGCUGGGAGCUUUCACAAUUGGAGUGCUUGCCAACCUGUAUUCGAGGCUGAGGCAUGGCGUAGCCGUCACUGCGCUGCUGCCUGCUAUUUUCGUGCAGGUUCCCAGUGGCCUGGCGGCGACCGGAAGUCUACUGAGCGGACUGAGCACCGCCAAUGAGCUGAACAAUUCGACCCAUCCUGUGAACGGGACCACCAGUACUGUCACGGUCGACGCGGGCGAGUCACUCAACGACGUUGUCUACAACGUCGCAGGGUCGAUGAUCCAGAUCGCUAUUGGAAUCACGCUUGGCUUGUUUUUGAGCGCUCUGAUCGUCUACCCCUUUGGGAAGCGCCGGAGUGGCUUGUGGACACUAUAA